AUGGAGGCUCUCACCCCGUGGGCUGGCAACAGCAGCGAGGCCCUGUGCCCCGUGAACACCGCCUUCGCCCAGAGCUUCUUGCCCGCCGUCUACCUGGUGGUGAUCCCCGUGGGGCUGGUGGGGAACGGGCUGGGGCUGUGGCACCUCUGCACCGGGCCCCGGCGCGGCACUCGCCGUCCCCUGGGCCUGCUGGUGGGCAACCUGGGCCUGGCCGACCUGCUCUACGUCAGCACGCUGCCCUUCCUCGUCAGCUACUACCUGCGGGGCAGAGUGUGGCUCUUCGGGCACGGCUGGUGCCGGGUCACCAGAGGCCUCUUCCACCUCAACCUCUACGCCAGCAUCGGCUUCCUCACCUGCAUCAGUGUCCACCGCUACCUGGGCAUCGUGCACCCGCUGAAGGCGCGGGGCAGGUGCCAGGGAGCAGCCGCUUCGCCGUGGCUCAGCCUGAUGGUCUGGCUGUGGGUCAUCGCACUCGUAGCUCCUGAUUUUGCCUUCAGCAAGAUGGAUGAAGAGGGGACACAGUGCCAUGACACCACAGGGCACGAGAACCUAGGCGUUUACUUGCCAUAUACUGUGGCUGUCACCGUGACUGGGUUCGUCAUCCCGUUCCUCAUCAUCAUCGGAUGCUACUGCCGUGUGGUUGUGGUGCUCUGCAGGAACGACACCGUGGACCUCAGCCUCAGGAGAAGAAGCAUCAGCCUGGUGAUUCUCGUGAUGGUCCUCUUCUCCAUCUGCUUCCUCCCCUACCACAUCUUCAGAAACCUCAACUUGUUGUCUCGAGGCUGGCAGCUGCAGGGGUCCUGCACACAGGCUUUAAAGAACAUCUACACUUCCUACCAGGUGACCCGGGGCCUGGCCAGCUUCAACAGUGCCCUCAACCCCCUGCUGUAUGUGAUGACGGGUGAAGACUGCAUGUCCUGUAUGAGGACCAUCCACCAAAGAGCCAGACAGUCCCUGAGGUCCAUCUUCGGAAGGAAAACCUCUAGCCAGGCAGAUGAGAAGAAGAUGAACAUCAUUCUUUGUGAGGAGGAGGCUUCUGAUGAGCUCUGA